AUGAAGUCAAGUGGGGACGUCAAUGAAAGGGGUUACGCUUUCAAUCAUCCGAUUGUCGUUGCUCAAUACAAAGCCCUUCGCAAGAUGUGUCUAGUUUAUCACCAACGUCUUCUUGAUGAAUACUAUUAUGUCAACGAUUUGGCCGUAGAUGACAAGGUCGUUCCAGCUUGGAGUCGUGUGGAUGAGGCAUUAAUCCUGAAGCAUGCUCUGUAUUUUGAAGCACAUGCGCAGAAGUAUGGGUUCAUCUUGCAUCGUUGUACCAACAGCUGGGGUGCCACUGCUCUGUUGGCUUCUGUCCACAAGACUCGCCGCCGUUCUGCAACAAGAGCUAUUGGUAGUACUUCUGACAGUAGCUCUUUUGAUGGUUUCUCGUCUUCUUUUUCUCUUUCUGGUAAUGGAGCUACUGGCAAUUGUCCUGGUGGUGAUGAUGGCCCAGAUGAGGGUGAAGAUGACGAUGAUAAUGAAGAUUUCCGCAACUCUACUGCUGGUCGCUUAGCUGCAUCAAGAAGCGUACACGCAACCCCAAUGGUUCCAAGAGACCCUAGUGAAUCUUACCUAGACUAUAGCUGGAGUUCCUGUUCCUCUGCAGAUUUGAUGAGCACUGUAAAGCGCUUCGUUGAAUAUUACAAGUAUCGCUUUGGACCUGCGCUUGAUAUUGAAAAUAAUCCAAGCUAUCAUUUCAUGUACUACGCACGAGCUUGUGAUUAUGAAAGAGUGCUAACGAAGCGUUUGAAUGAUGCCAGUCUGGAAGGAAAAAGCAAAUAUCACACCGUUUUAAUCAUCUCUGUGGGAAUAACGAAUAGAACAUCCUCCCCUGGUGCUGCUGCUGGAAGAUCUUCGCUAAUCAGCAUAUACUAA